AUGGCCCGGUCCUGUCUGCUUGCUUUUGCAUGCUUGAUUGGGACCCAGCCCAGCUUGUCCGAGCUGGCGGACGACAAUUUGCCCACCGAGGCCGAUGACACCUGCCAGGGCGGCACCGAAGAGUGUGACCUGUCUUUGCGACAGCUCCGGGCGGACAAGAUUGCUGCGCUCACACAAGAGGAGGAGCAGACCGUCCAGAGGUCCCUGGCAGAGAAAUCCGAG